AUGGAGCUUGAUUCAAAACAGAUGGAAUUCUUGUCUUUUGAGCGUUCUCAGAUCAGAUAUGUUCAGGGAGUCUCUUUGCUCAAAGAUACUGCAGACAAGUGGAAUGAUAUAUGGAGCUUCGAAGCCCGGCCAGACGAUCUCAUCAUCUGCACGUACCCCAAAGCAGGGACCACCUGGAUCCAGGAAAUUGUGGACAUGAUCCAGCAUAGAGGAGAUCCAGAGAAAUGCGAUCAGGUCCCCAUCUUCGGACGGAUGCCCUUCAUAGAAUUAAUUCUUCCAAAACCUUUCCCUUCAGACUUGGAAGAAGUAAAAAGAAAGCCCUCUCCGCGCACACUCAAAUUUCACCUACCGGUUCAGCUCAUGCCCCCUUCUAUUUGGAAACAGAACUGCAAGAUCAUUUAUAUGGCCAGGAAUGCCAAGGACAAUGCGGUCUCCUAUUUCCACUUCCAUCGCAUGAACAAGGCGAUGCCAGAGCCAGGAAACUGGGACCAGUUUGUGGAGAAUUUCCUUGCUGCAAAAAUUGCCUGGGGGUCCUGGUCUGAUCAUGUUCGUGGCUGGUGGGAAGCCAAGGACCGACACCCAAUUCUAUACCUCUUUUUUGAAGACAUGAAAGAGGAUCCAGCCCGGGAGAUCCGGAAAGUGGCCAAGUUCAUGAGCGUGGAGCUCUCAGAAGAGGUUCUCAACCAGAUUGUACAGCACACAGCGUUUGAGAACAUGAAAACUAACCCAAUGGUUAAUUAUUCCACUGCUCCUACUUCAAUCAUGGACCACACCAUCUCACCAUUCAUGAGGAAAGGCACCGUAGGAGACUGGAAGGAACACUUCACAGUGGCUCAGAGUGAACGGCUGGAUGAAGUCUGUGCUCGGGAACUGGAGGGCAGUGGUCUGACAUUUCGUACAGAGCUAUAAUUACUCCUCGGUUCACCUGAAAUAGUCAGCAAACCUGCCCCGGUGGCUGGUUGAUUUUGC